AUGGAUCAGCCAGUAUGUCUCAUUUUUAAUUAUACUUACAAUAAGUUGGCUAAAGACACCAAGGUGGCAACCAAUGUAGCUGACGAAUUGGUGAAUAGCACGCCCUCUCAACCAUUGCUAGGUCCAUUGUUCCGCUCUCCCCCGGAUAUUUCUACAGAUGUUUCAUUGAACGACCGCAUUUUAAUGUUUUCUGAAACGCUUAAAAAGGAGCGAAGGGCAACAAUGGAACAGCUUUUUUCACGGCUUAAGCUUCUUAGGAGUAUUUUAGCCAAGAAAACAGCACUCAAUAUACCAAUUACUGAACGCGAAGCCAAGUGUCUUAGUCGUUUGUCUAAUUUACACGUUGAUGCCGACGCUCUUUAUACGAAAUCGAAGCAAAUUUUUGAGAAAGUAGUGAGAGCUUCUGAAUUGGGUGACAAUGAUUUACUCAACUCCAUAUCGCUUUUACCACAGUGUGAUUUGACGCCUUCAGAAGUGAACGAAGAACUUGAUUUCGAGAAAAUGAUUUCCGAGUACUCCGAGAAGCGUCAGCUUGGGAUAGUAGACGAAGAUAUCGAUGGUAUUCAACUAAGCGAUAUAAUUCAAGCUGUCGAAGUUGAACGCGGCUUCGUCAAAAUGAGUAAAAAGACGAAAAGAAGAAACACUAAAACCAAGGCUAUCACAAAGCGUAAUGGCCAGUCUUCCAGUGAAAAAUCACAAAUAAAGAAACCUAGAUCUCGGUACGUACGCGGAUUCUUCAACGUAUUACGCAUUAUGCUUCUCGCCAUGUCGGAAGAAGGCGGUUUGUCUACGGACCAGCUUUGCGAAUUUGUACAUGUCUGGAAUUCUAGCACCCGUGUUCAACGAACCAACUCCCCCUGGAUAAAUAGAUGUCCAGAUUGGUCCCAAGUAGUCCGGCACGCCCUCUCCCUGCUCUCCGGUCGGUCCGGCCAUUCAACGCUUAGUCGUCUCAUGUCGAAAAGCAGUGCGUCUGCAGACCUCAUGCACCUCCUCCCUUCGGCCUUCGUCACGCUCGACUCCAACACCCACACCUGGUAUUGGGAGGGGAGCGGACUGGACGAUGAAAGUGAGACCGCCCUGCUUGCGCGUCUGUUCACGCUUUGGGCGCGGAAGGACGGGGGUCUGCGGGAGGCGAUGAGCCAGCUCAUGAUGGACGACGCUUCGAGCCAAACGACGCUGCGCAAUCGACGUCGGGCGGACGAUGCGGAGCGAGACGGCGUAGACGAGGAAGAAGACGAUGAUGGUUCCGAGAGCGAGGGAGAAAAGAACGGAAAGGCUGUCAACAUCGAUCGUGUUGCGCCGCCGUAUUUCUCAACUGAUUGGCAAUGCAAACUGUCUACCCCCGAACAGCGCCGCAUGUUUCAAAUUCAGGAGUCCGAGCGUUACUCUCGGCCGUGGUCGCCGUACGUGUACAACCAACACGGCUACGCGUCCGUCGUGGGUCCCGUGCGGACCCUCGGAGGGUCGCAGGUGAACGGCCGCAGCCGGGCCGCGAUGUCGGCGCGGGACCACCCGCUGCUGCGUCCCGACCGCCCGCCUUGGGUCAGCAUCUCGGAGAUUGUGCGCGACGCCGUCGCCAGGCUGCCCAAUGGCGAGGGCACACGUCCCGAGAUUGCAAUGCUCGUUCAGGACAGCGGCUACCUUGUGCCUCACUUCAAUCACAAACAGGGUUACCGUAACACGCAGACCCUAGGCAACUUCGCUGCCUUCUUGCUGAGGCCGGUAUGUUGGGGUCUCAGGAGUUUGAUGAAGCGAGGCACCGUUCAAGCCACAAAUCGGGCCCCUUUAAGUUCCCCACAGGGCGUGCGAGGAACGAACAGUGCCCAGGCAUUGUCUCGAGACACGGGGUUGAGUCAGUGUAUUAGCUCUGCUCUGGACAGACUACAAGGAGGCGGCGUCAACUCUCCGGUAAUGUAUGACCCCAUUCAACGACUUUGGAUCUAUCGUUAUCGCCAUCUCUCGCCACCCGAUUUCUGUGCGUCUCCCGUUUUGUUUUGUUUGGUUGCGCCCGCGACCAUAUUAAUUAGCGGUCUGUGGCGAUGUGUGCCGCAGGUCCUGUUGGUAGAGUUCUUCCCUUCAACCGGCCCCGACCAUCUCUACAAGGACCAAAUUGCAGCUCAACGCGAACGUUUUAGCCAAACAUAUCCCAAUGGCGUUGCUACCGGUGGUAACGCCCGCAAAGUACCCAAUCGUCCUCCUCCCAGCAACACUGGGGACGCCUUCGAUGAUCGGCACAUCCCUGAUAUUGAUGAGCUGACUCAGGAAAGCCAAUACCCGAUCGAUGAGAGGAGUAAGUGGUACGAGGAAGACGCAGACUACUGCUCAUCUGGAGGAGAGUUCAACUUGGACGAUGGCGAGGACCUGGAGGAUGGACGGGAUCGCGUUUCGCGUGGUCGCGGUGGUGCGGGGUCAACUUUCUUCUCACAGCCCCGUCGAAUGACACUACUUUAUAAACAUAAGCACCCGGGACCAUUGUGA